AGAAACAAAAUAAAAAGUUUAAGAAAAUAAGAAAUAAUGAUUUCAUAAUCAGCUUGUAAAAGUCUUGGAAAGGUUCAAGAAAGUGAUUACAUUUGAUUUUCUUCCCUUAUUGAGUAAGAAAACAUCCUCAUAUGUAACCUCUCCAUAUCCGGAGCUGCGACGCCCCCAAUUCACCAAUUCUUUGUUUAUAUAAUAUCACUCGUUUAUUUUUCUUUCUCUUAUCCUCUUGGGAUCUUUUUUCUUAACGAAUUCAGCGAUCAAAGUUCUUGAUACUUCCUUCCUUUUUGAUUGUCCCAAGAAGGAAGAAAAUCAACCUGUAAGAAUGGGGCAGCAACAAUCUAAAGAUCAAUUGCUGUUUCAGCAGGUUAAUUAUGGGAAUAUUGAGGGCAUCAAAGCUCUCCGAAGUCAAGGUGCUGGGCUUGAGUGGAUUGACAGUGAAGGCAAGACAGCGUUGAUUGUAGCUUGCAUGAACCCACAGCUUUAUAAUGUAGCAAAAACAUUGAUUGAAUUAGGUGCCAAUGUCAAUGUAUACCGUCCAGGUCGCCAUGCAGGAACUCCUUUACAUCAUGCUGCCAAAAGAGGGCUGGAUCAGACCGUUAAAUUACUUCUUUCACAUGGGGCAAAUGCCCUAAUAAUGAAUGAUGAUUGUCAUACCCCACUUGAUCUUGCCAGAGCCAAAGGAUUUGGCAAUGUUGUACGAGCUAUUGAGGGCCAUCUGUGCUUGUUCUCUGGUUGGCUGCGGGAACUUUAUGGACCUGGAUUUCUGGAACGUCUUGCACCUCAACUGCUCUCAAGAAAAGUAUGGGUGGUUGUCUUGCCAUGUGGUUCCCGUAACCUUGCAAGGCCUUUCAAGUUGGAGCUUGCUAUAUAUGCUGGUCCACAGGAUGCCAAACCGAGCACGACUAUUCAACUAUGGAAGGCCAAUUUAGAAGAACCAAAUUUUGGCCAGCCAGAUCCUGCAGCAAUCAUAUCUGAUAUCUCUAAAAGUACUCGAAUCAAACUCGCACCUGCUAGUGAAAGUGAAAAGCACCAAUUGCAAAGGUUUUGCAAUGCCUGUAAAGGAAUUCCUCAGGUGAUGCACCCGUCAUUUCCUUUCGACAACCAACCGCCUACUGCUCCACCGACUGCAGAAGACGAAGAGCUACUAGCGAUGGCGAUCAGUGCUUCCCUUCAGUCCGUGACAGACGAAAGGCCGCCAAAUACCGACACAUAUCUUGGAUCCGAAGCUGGUGCAUCCACAAGCACAGCCAACUCGAGCAAUAGCUCCAAUCAUGUUGAGCCUUACAACAAGGGAGCAGCAAGCGGGAUCGAAUCCAUGGGCGGUCCGUCUCACGUCUCAGAAAACGACCACGACGGCCCUUCCGUAGUCCAAACAACUCCCGAGGAUCCGUCUUCGGUUUCUACUCCAUCAGCUCCUCCCGCUGAUAUAGGUCCUGGUCCCAUUAUUUAUCCGUCCAUUGACACAAGCCCGAUUGAUCUAUCUUCGUCCGCGUUGGAUGCCACAACCAGCGAAGCUGAUACAAAAAAAGGCGAUGAAACCAGUUCAUCUUGCACUAUAUGCCUCGACGCCCCACUGGAGGGCGCAUGCGUCCCGUGUGGCCACAUGGCCGGGUGCAUGACGUGUCUGAACGAAAUUAAGGCCAAGAGCUGGGGUUGCCCCGUAUGCCGAUCCAGGAUCGAUCAGAUCAUUCGUAUAUAUGCCGUUUGAUUUCUGACGAUCGGAAGCUGUUGGUCACUUGCCGGAAUUGAGGUUCGAUGGAAGGGGAGGUCUAGUGUCGACGUCCAUUAUUGUAAUGAGCUAUACAUAUAUUGUAAGUAAUACUUCUGUUUAGUGUGUAUUCUAAAAAAUGAAGCCCAAGCCCUUAUGUGAGAAAGGUGGUGAGUAUUAUGUGUCGGUAAAAUAAAACGACAUUGAAAUAUGAUAAAUUUUGACGCUGACGGGUGAGAUUCACAA